AUGAACACACACAAGGAUUUAUCAUCAUCAUCCACAUUUCAUGAAUCAAACAGCAUGAUGAGCAACGAAAAUUCGUCAGAUACAACCAAAUCAUCAAAAACCAUCCCAUCAUCAUCAUUUCAGGAAGAAUUUAUGAAUGAUGAUGAAUAUAGUGGCUCUGAUGAUGACGGAGGUGAUAUAUCCCCACCUCCAUUUCCAACCAAUCCUCCUGCAACCAUCGAGAAUACAACAACAACAGCGUGUGGUGGUCGUGGUGGUAAUGAUACUUCUUCUUCAUGUCCUAAUGGCACUACAACAAGCAAACAUCAACAUCCACAAUUAUCUCUUUUUACAUCCUCCGCUCGUCAUGUCAAUGCCUCUCCUUGUUCAAUAAGCAAUGUCAACAACACCAAUCAUUGUUCCAAUAACAACGUCUCAAACACCAUCUCAAUCAACACUAGUAAUGGAGGAAGUAGAGCCUCAUCAACAGUGACAUCUCCACAACAAGAAUGGUACUGGAUCGAAUGUGUCGAUUUUACAGUUGGUGAACAGCUUCCAGUGGAUGAAGGAAACACUGUGGACUAUAAAUUGACUGUUUUUAGCGAUUAUAUGAAUUUUAAAACAACCAGUAAGGAAGAAUCCCAAAAAUUAGAGAAAGAGCUCAUCUCAGACACGAUUGGAUCGUUUGAUAAAUCUCCAACUCCAACAGUAUUAGAACACAAACAUGCUCAUUUCUCUCCAUCCACUUCAAACGCUACCACAAGUGCGGACGGAGUUGUAGAUUAUGCAAAGCUUGGAGAAAGACUAACGGAAUAUUUAUUGGCUUUUUUAAACUCGAAUGGAGGAGCUCUUAUCUUUGGUGUCAAUGACAAUGGAGUGGUGAUGGGAAUGAAACUGAGUGAGAAACAACGCGACAAAAUAAGACUUCUUUUCGACAAUUGUAUUAGGAACUUUCAAAUCACACCUACACCAAGAGUUGGAAUCCAUUACAGGCUUGAGUUUAAAAAGACAACGAAUUUCCCCAAUUUAUGGAUUUUAAUUCUAGAAGUGAAAAAAUCAGAAUGUUUUCACUAUGCUCACAUUAGGAGUCAUCUCAAGAGUUGGGAAAGAUUAUCAGCUUCCAACUUGUGCCUCUGUGAUCGCCCUCAACGUUUUGUAGAACGCCUACGUGAGCUCAGAAGCACUGCCGAAUAUCAGAAUGAAAUUCAAUCCUCCAUUAAUCCACCACAAAUGUCAAGAAGAAACUCAAUAUCAACGAAUAAUCUCCAACAAGCCAAAGAAUCUUCAAGAGGAUCAUCCAGCCCCAAAAGAAUCUAUGAAGGAUAUUUUAUUCUCGUUUUUUCUGACAUUCAGCUAACAGUUAGCGAAUUGGUGCUUGCACGAGCUGGUUUCGAUAAGAGAAUUUAUAGAUUAGAAUCGUAUGGAAAUAUGGACGAUCAAGGAAGAUUUUUGAUUGAUAGACCUUCCAAGUUUUUCAAUUUAAUUUAUCAAUUCUUGCAAGUUGGCUAUGUUUCGGUGAAGUUGCAUGAUUGGCCUGUUUUUCUACUUGAGGCUGACUUUUAUGGGCUUACAGAUCUAAUAUACAACGAAAGCCAAACUUCUGUAGAGUCUCACAAUUCCUUUAUGUUGGUGCGGUCGGUGACGAAACAAUCGAAAAUGCAUCCUUCCAUCUCUCAAGCCAAUUUUUCGAACAAAAUUGGUAAUUAUUUAUUGAAUGUUGACAAUGGAAUACCUCAACAAAAUAAGGACAUGAACAAUUAG